AUGACAAGGUCACUGUGGGUCCGCAGAGGUGCGUGGCAGUCCGACAUCAUAGGUGGCGGGAGCGCGCUCAUCCCCCACUUGAGCGCUCGCGGACAGAUGAUGACAGCACCGCCGGAGCGGGACAGAGCUCGCGCAGUAACUUUAGGUGAUUUUAAAUGAAUCAACCAUUUAAAUUAAGUGGCUAAAAGUCGUUUCAUCGCUCUAAAUGAACGGGAUGAAAAUUGUCAAAGUGUUGGCUGCAUUUCACUGCGCAGGAAGUUAUUCAAACAGAUCACGUGGAUUCAUGGUUGUGCAGGUACAACUCAGUGAAGUUUCACCUUCACCUAGAGAAUUUGCUUCUACAAAUUAUGACUGACCACACACUGGAACCAAAGAGACACAUCAUCAACAACUGAAAUACAAAAGGAAGGAAGUACAAAACAGACAACUCCACAAAGGGAACGGAACAACCAGAAAUCUUUCUUGCUGUAUUUUACUGUGAUUCUUCACCCCCAAAUCAAUGAAGCUGCAUGUUUUACUCAACAUGUGUAAGAAAGGAAAGUCAACACACAAAUGAAGAUGAACCCAUAUGUUACUUCUGACUUCAGGAGGUAUCUCUUUCCUCGUUUCCAUUUGUUGUAGACUUUAGUCUACCUAGCUGUUAGUGGUUGAUUGAAAUGAUUUCUUCCAUAUUUGUGCUGUUAUAGCUGUAGCUCUUGUUGGAUUUUUGUUCAGUUUUGUGCUUGCCACAUUUGAGUGUUGAGAGCUUGAUUUAGUCCAGUGUUCCAAAGAGACUGGAUGUGGAUACUCACGAUUCAUUAGUAGUUCUCUGGAAAUGGUUGGACAAGGUAAAUAUCAACACUAGCAUAUUUUUCUCAUUGCCACAUGUAUUACCACAUAGCUUUUUGCUCCAUUUACACUUAAUCCAUUUGUGAUGCACGUGUACUCACUUGCUCACAGCAUCAGCAAAUGAUAAUCAUCUAUGGUCUUUGCUGAAACUCUCUCUCAUGUUCCGGUAUUUGUGAUCUGGUUCAAACAGUGAUGCUGAGUAGGAGACAACAAUCCAAAAACCCAGUUAUACUGUCACCAACUUUAGUUCUCACCUCCUCUUCUUCCUUGACAUAUAUCUGAUCUACAAACCAUGGUUCCAGACCUCCAGAAACGUUAGAAUACCUCUUCAGGUGAACUGUAUACUUACCUUUUUCUUCCAUAUAAAUCUUCCACUUAAGGCUGUCAGAGAUAUGCGAGUAAUGCCGGAAAUGGAUCAAAGUAAUCUCUCUCUUUUGUUUUUUUCUCUCCUUGUCUUUUGUCAAGUGUAGGUGAAUUCUCAGCCAAAAUGCUGAGAUGUAAAGAGGUAUGUCUGUUAUAUCCAUGUAACAGUCAGUAACCAAAGCAAGUCUUUACUAAAUUGACAAUGGCCAUCAAACAUGCAUGCAUACCCUUGGGAAGUGUUAAAGCAGUGACAUGACAGGUGAUGGCAAACAAAUCAUGGUGGGUCUCUUUUUGCUCUUACCAGUGGAGACAGUGCAUGGGAGACCUGCAGAAUUCUAGUCAGCUAAAACACAUAUGCUACAUGGAUAUGCUUAAUAGAUUACGGUAUUAUAGUCAGUCCUUUAUCCAAGACAUUUACAAAUAUAGUGGUUGAUGCGGUCUGCAAGAAUCACAUUUUCUGAAAGUGCAACAUUCUUUCUUUCCUCAUGUCUAUACCAAGGGUUGUGAAAUUGAGAAGAACUUGGAUUGUAAGAAUUGGCAUGUUCUUUCUUGCUUUUUUUCUUUGACUGCAUGAAUAAUUUUACUGUAUCCUCCUGUUUGAGGUUAAAUUUGACUUCUGUUCUGUUUGCCUGAUUUGAAUUUUUAUCACAGUAUUAUAAAAUGUACCCCAUAAUGAGCUGUAAAUCUUUAAAACGUCUCCAUCCCAAUUACUCCAACCCACUUAUGUUAGUUUAUUGCUUUUAUAAAUGUUUUCCUGCUCCGGGUUUUCCUGUUUAAUGACCUGAAUUGAACCAAUCCUGCAUGCUCAUCCGCUACUGUUGAGCUCAACCCAGCCCCAACCUUGCUUGUCAAAUCAAUUCUUGCAAACUGGAGGUUGCAGAAAUUGAUUCUUUUAGCUUCUGUUGACAUCUUUCUUUUCAGCUCAGUUCCAUUACUUCAGUGAGUAUGAUUCAACUGAUUUGUUAAUGAAUGCACCUGUGGAUCUACUUCAACACAGCCCACUUUGUUUGCUGAUGUAUAUGUUACUAAAUUGAAAUACAGUAUUACAUUAUGCAAAAAAGAAACCUAAACAUGUGACUGAUCAAUGUCCUUGGCGGGAUUGUACUCUGAGUUAUCAUUUGUCACCAUGGACUGUUUAUUAAGGACUUAAAGACUGAUUCUUUUGUUAGUUACCACACUUGACUGAACUGGAUAUAUCAAGCUGCUCGAUUACCACACCAACAGUAAUAAUCAAUACUUACUGAGGAAUACAGAGAAACUUCUCUGUAAAGGAGGGGAGACUUUAUAGAACAUGAUGGGUGCGGCACGUGUCAAGCGUCGCAUCAGUGCUGUGGUGGAUGGGCCAGUGGAGGAAGAGGAGGUCAUGAGGCUAGCACAGAGUGCUGCAGAUACGGCUAAGGCAGGGGGGAGCCCAACAGGGUCAGGGACCCCGACCAGUCCCUCCCCGACCCAUGCCCUUAAUGGUAAAGCUCUACCUGUUCAGAGCAACUCCAACAAUGCAUGGAGGCAGAACGCCAAUGGAGAUUCAGUUGGGAGAGAAGAAGGAGGAGAAGGCGGGGUGAGAGCAGGAGGAAAGUGCUCAGGGCUAAGGAGUGGAAAAGGCACUAGUAGAGGAGGAAGGGAGGAAGGCCUUUCGUCCUCAGAGCAGGAUUCACUCUCUUUUUCCGCUACCAGCCGCCGACGCACCAGGCGCUCAAGCCGCCGGCCUCGACAGCGCUUUGUGGGCAAGGACGGACGCUGCAACGUCACCUUCGUCAACAUGAGCGAGAGGGGCCAGCGGUACCUCAGCGACCUCUUCACCACCUGCGUGGACAUCCGUUGGCGUUGGAUGCUUGUCAUCUUCACCCUCUCCUUCAUUCUCUCCUGGCUGCUCUUUGGGUUUGCCUUCUGGCUCAUUGCCUCCAUGCAUGGGGACUUCUCCAUUCGGCUUGCCCCCAGUUCAGGUUCCUCUCUGAGAUCAGGAGAGGCUAGUUCUGGAGGAGAGUCUGAUAGAGAGUCAGUUGUUGAGAAACCAUGCUUUCUCCAGGUGAACAGCUUCAUGGCAGCCUUUCUAUUAUCCUUGGAGACGCAGACAUCCAUCGGUUACGGAUUUAGAAGUGUGACCGAAGAAUGCCCUCAGGCGGUGGUGGCAGUCAUCUUGCAGUGCAUUGUGGGCUGCAUUAUUGAUGCCUUCAUCAUCGGGGCUGUCAUGGCAAAGAUUGCCAAGCCUAAGAAGCGCAACGAAACACUGGUAUUCAGUGAAAAAGCUGUAGUGGCAGUACGCGAUGGGAAAUUGUGCAUGAUGUGGAGAGUUGGAAAUCUUCGCAAGAGUCACCUGGUAGAGGCACAUGUCAGAGCACAACUACUCAAGCCUAGGGUUACACCAGAGGGAGAGUUCCUUCCACUGGACAAUGAAGACAUCAACGUGGGUUUUGACACUGGCACCGAUCGCAUCUUCUUAGUAUCACCUGUUACAGUUGUCCAUGAAAUCAACGAUGAGUCACCGUUCUUUGAAAUGGACCAAAAGACACUUGAGAGUGACUCGGACUUGGAGAUAGUGGUCAUACUCGAGGGAAUGGUGGAAGCCACAGCCAUGACCACACAGUGCCGUAGCUCCUAUCUGGCUCCAGAAAUCCUUUGGGGACACCGCUUUGAACCUGUGCUCUUCGAGAGUAAAGACUGCUACCAGGUGGACUACUCAUUCUUCAACAGGACAUAUGAAGUUCCCAACACACCUUCAUGCAGUGCUAAAGAGAUGGCUGAACAGAAAUACAUUCAGGGCUCAAGGUCCUCCUUCUGUUAUGAGAAUGAAGUAGCUCUGCAAUUUGCCUCUCCUGAUGAUGAGCCUGACCAAGAGCCUGAGUGUCCUCUCCCACCGACCCGAAGGCCUUCGCUGGCAGAACAUCUCCACUACAACUGAACCUGACAGAUAGCAGGGUUCAAGAAAAAAGAGAGAAAGAGGAAGUUUACCCUAGAGUAAAUCAGGGCAAAAAUAGAGGCCCAGACAGGUAGGAAUGUUCAAACAAAGGCCCAAGAGAGACAGAAUCGCAAAUGAUGUGGAGAUAGCCAUUGUUUUGUCAGUGACAAGAUAUUACGUCUAGAAUAUGAAGGGGUUAAAAGACCAUUAGAAAACUGCAAGGCUUAAAUGAGGACUAUCAUACAGAUUAGAUUUUUCAGAGUCCCCAGUCGACAGGGAAGAUGAGUUACUACACUAACCUAGUUGUCUGAUUGGUCCUGGCAAUCUUUCAUCAUUGUUGUCUGCCAAGUCUCACCCUGGCCCAUCUCGAUCACAGCCCCGCUCAUCUGGCUCUAGUGCAACAGCACCCCCUAGUGGUUCUAACCACUCACUGCAAGUUUUUUCGAUCUCCAUUUCAGACUGCUCCUGUAUGCAAUAAAUGGUAGUACACUUACUACUCAGGAAUGUAUUCCACUAUCAUGCUGACUUGUCACAUUAAUGUUUUAUUUUCUUAUGGUAAGUAUGAAUAGUUUACAUUUUGUGAUACUUAGGUUAGGUGAUGAGAUUACUGAUACAGGCUAUGUAAUUUGUAGAGCCAAAAACGAGCAAUAGUACCAUGGAGAAACAGCUGAAAACUGGCAGCGUCUUUGAGCAGUUUCUUUGCCAUGUAAUCUAUGUUGUUUGUUUUUGGCUUUUUUCUUUUGUAAAACAAACCAUGUAUAUUGAUUGUAACAUUUACUUUAUCCAAUCUUUACUUAACCUCCUGUUUUCUAUCGGUUGAAUGCCAUGAGAUAGCACAGCAUGCACUGUAACUUUAGUCCUCUUCACUGCAGUGAUUCACUGUGUAGAUAAUGUUGGCUCUGUCCAACUCAGCAAAUCACCAUCUUUCUAGCACUACUCUCGACAGUAUAUUUUCAUGUUCCCAGUUGUUAAAAUCAACCACAUGGUGAUGUCUUGCACCAUUGCUUUGGAUUCUAGUAAUUACGGUGUCUGCCCACUGACAUUAAUGUUUAAAAUGUCUUUGCACUUGGGGGAUGUUUAAUGUUUAGGACAGAAACCAAGGCAAAAGAAUCUCUGCCAUAGGCUCCAAAUACAGGGAGUGAAACAACUAUGUACCCUCUGCACAAACUGAUGAGGAUUGAACUGGAAAUCUCAUGACAUUCAUAGAAAAGUAUUUAAUGUUUUUGUGCCCAUAAAAUCAUGUGAUACGCUCCUAAGUCCAGUUGGUCACUGUUGGUCUCUUUUACAAAAUGUGAGAACAGUGUUGCAGAUGGUGCCUUUUUAACAAACUACAGUUUUUGCAGCUGACCCUUCUCCUGGAAUAGAUCAUUUUUAUUACAUUUAUGUGUUUGCAUAACACAAUUUAUGCAACAGUGUGUUUUUGUUUUUACCAACAUCUGCACAACAUUUUUCGAAGUAGAGAACAUGUCUAUGCAAAUAAUUACUGUGAAUCUACUCAGUGAUUGAGUAGUAUGUUAUCAUGCACUGGUAAUAGAUACUUUAAGCUAGACUUUGUAAUGAUUGCACUUUGUAUGUACAUUACAAAACAUCUGAUAUGCUUUUGUCUGUUUUAGAUCCUGUAAUCCAGGCUACUGUAUAUUGUGCUGCAGUACCAAGUAUUUGACCUGUAGGCAAAAGUAGGAAGGAGUGUCAGGAAUGCACCAUGAUAUUAAGAGUUAACCAAUUAACAGCCAGUCGGAAGCUGUUCUUUGUACUUUGCACUUAAGUAAUGUAUGGAGACAAAUAUCUCUGAUGAAAAUAUAGCAGCACAGAUGACAUCAUUUUAACUAUGAUAGCACUUUAAUCACCCCAAAAAGAAAAAAGAUUAUUACAUUAUUUAUUAGAUUAAACUAUUAAAUUCUGUAGCUACCUUUUGUUGUUUGUUUGUUUUUAAUGAAAUAGGGACGUCUUUGCUAAAAUGUCCAAAUGUAAUUUCAGGGUUGCCACAAGCACAGAGCACUUCUAAGUGAACAUUUGUUGUAGAGAAAAUAAAACAGUGACUAAAUUGCAA